AUGUCUUCAGGACCGAGAUUUUUCGAGUGCGCACACAGGAUGAACUUCGCUGGCGGCCAGUCAUUCACAAACGCAAAUAACAUCGUCAACAAUUACAACUAUCCAGCGAAAGCUGAACCUGGAUCGUCGAGAUCUCGGAGGGAUGACGACCAAUGGCUUGCUUUGCGUGGCGGACAAAGGCUCAGACGGAUAGACAUGUGCGAUAUCAACAUGUUGCGUGAAGUGUCCUCAAAGGAACUUUGUGUGUCGGUCGGAUCGAAGUCUACAAACCCAUUUCGGAACAGGAUGCGAGGAGUUGUGAAAAUCCGGAAAACGAUACAAAGCGCAGAAACUGUUCCUGGGUUUGGGGGCCAGCGAUUUUCAGUCGUUUCACUUGAACCCGAGGACGAUAGAGAUGUCGAGAAGAUAUGGACACUACUAGAGCAAUAUUAUGAAGUUGCCCUGUCUCGACGGUGA